GUCGGCCUCAACGCAGGCGCGGUGGCGGGGAGUUUAGCAGUGAGGUAACAUGGCUGCUCCGACUCUUUCUUCGAGGUUGUACUCCUUGCUGUUUCGCAGGACUUCCACCUUCGCCCUCACCAUUGCUGUGGGCGCCUUGUUCUUCGAGCGCGCUUUCGACCAAGGCGCAGACGCGAUCUACGAGCAUAUCAACGACGGGAAGCUGUGGAAACAUAUCAAGCACAAGUAUGAGACCAGUGAGUAGUUCCUCGGCUCCCAGAGGCCAGAAGGACCAGGCCUACCUACUUGCUGUUUGCGCAGAGCUGGGGUCUCCACUCUUCACAGACCACCAACAGCCGCUGGCAAGGAAUGGCUCCACCUAACAAACAGACUGUUUAACUUCUACUGAGUUUGAAGUCCGUUUAUUAAGAGUUAUCAGCAAAUAAAUGUAAAUUGGCCUUGA